CUCGCCACGGCUCUAUUACAUAAAGAGUUGGCGAGAGCUCUUGACACACUCACUCCCCUACUCUCUCUGCCGUUACUGCCUCACUUCCAUAGCAACAACACAAAAGGAGAACAAUUGAAAACGAUGGCCGAGGAGCAGAAAGUUAUCAUUCCAAGAGUGAAACUGGGUAACCAAGGAUUAGAGGUCUCAAAGUUGGGCUUUGGAUGCAUGGGGCUUUCUGGAAUGUACAAUGCCCCCCUCCCUGAAGAGGUUGUCAUUUCAAUCAUCAAGGAAGCUUAUAGCAAGGGGAUUACUUUUUUUGAUACAGCAGAUGUUUAUGGACCUCACACUAAUGAAAUCGUGGUUGGGAAGGCAUUGAAGCAUUUGCCUAGAGAAAAGAUCCAGUUGGCUACAAAAUUUGGCAUUGUUCCAAACGGUUCUGAUUUUAAAAAUUGUGCAAUCAAUGGCAGUCCUGAAUACAUCCGUGCAUGUUGCGAUGCUAGCCUGAAGCGUCUAGAUCUGGAGUACAUUGAUCUCUACUAUCAGCACCGUACCGACACUUCCGUUCCAAUAGAGGAAACUGUAUGUUCUUUUCCUUUCUUUCACCACGGAAUAGUUCAAACUAACUGCGUGCACUAUUUAAUUUCUAAUCCAAUUACUUUGAGUUGGCAGAUGGGAGAGCUUAAGAAGUUAGUGGAAGAGGGAAAAGUUAAGUAUAUUGGAUUAUCCGAAGCAAGUCCCGACACAAUAAAGAGGGCACAUGCAGUCCAUCCCAUUAGUGCAGUACAAAUGGAAUGGUCACUUUGGUCUCGUGACAUUGAAGAAGAAAUAAUCCCACUUUGCAGGGAACUUGGAAUUGCAGUAGUUCCAUAUAGCCCUAUCGGUCGUGGUUUUUUUGGUGGCAGAGCAGUCAUGGAAAGUUUGCCUUCGGAGACUGUACUGAAAUUACAUCCAAGGUUCACAGAAGAAAAUAUCGAGAAGAACAAGGUGUUUUAUUCUCGAAUAGAAAAACUGGCUGCAAAGCAUGGCUGUACUCCUGCUCAGCUUGCCCUUGCUUGGGUUAUCAAUCAAGGGGAUGAUGUGGUGCCUAUCCCUGGAACCACUAAGAUUAAAAAUCUGUACGAAAAUGUUGGAUCAUUGCAAGUUAAGCUGACAAAAGAAGAUUUAAAGGAGAUCUCCGAUGCUGUUCCCAUCAAUGAAGUGGCUGGAGUAAGAUCUCCGCAGUAUCAACUUACAUGGAAGUUCGCUGACACACCACAACCUAAAAAGAGCCAAGUCUGAACUUGAUAUGUACGUGAGAGCAAAGGGUUGUUGCUAGGUUUUAUUUCGGCUUGUUAAAUAAAUUCCAUCCAUGUUGGACAAGUUUUAUCAUGGUGAAAAAGUAACAAAAAUAAUGUAGUACCAUACCCUAGUGUAAACAACUUCCUGUACAAAUCUUGGACAACCUAACAACAGCAUUUCUGGUACCUUUGUGUAGACAACUACCUGGAAAAUUUAUAAAAGCUGCUGAAUGUAUUUGAAGGUU